CUGAUCACACCUACAUACCUUGUAUUCAAACGUACGACUUACACCGAACGAAGGCCACCACACGAAGCAACUUGUGACAAUCCCGCCCUCACUCGGACAAGCUAUCGCGCUGCGGUGCCUUGAGUCAGCAUGGCGGCACCACCGGUAGACUACUACGCGGCCCUCGAAGUCGACGCCAAAGCCAGCCAGCAACAGAUUCGCGAUGCCUACAAGAAACAAGCCCUCCGCCACCACCCCGACCGCGUCCCCGCCGACAGCCCCGAACGGCAAUCCCGCACAAAGAAAUUUCAACAAAUCAACGACGCCUACUACACCCUCUCCGACGAGUCUCGCCGACGCGACUACGACGUAACCCGUAACCAAUUCCACGGCUUCUCGGGCUUCUCCUCGCACUCCCAACCCGCCGACGAAGAGAUCCCCCGCCCCGAACCCACGUCCGGCGGUGGAUUCCCUUGGUCCGCCUUCGGCUUCGGCGGAAAGGCAAAGACGCAAGAAGACGCCAAUACUUUCAGCAAUGAGCAAUUCGGCUCCGUAUUCGAGGAGAUGAUGCGGGACAACGACAUGGCGGAAGGAAGCGAUAACCGGCCGACGAAGUUAUUCUGGUCGAUUAUUGGAGGCGCGAGUGGUGGCGCGAUGGGAUUUAUCGUGGGGAAUUUCCCCGGGGCGGUCGCUGGGGCGGUGGCGGGGAAUCGGCUGGGCGCGAUUCGGGAUAAGAGGGGAAAGAGUGUGUAUUCGGUGUUUCAGGAGUUGGAUCAGCCGGAGAAGAUGAGGUUGUUGAGUGAACUUGCGCAGAAAGUUUUUGCGCAUGCGAUCAGUUGA